UGUUUUCCAUAUCUUCUAUCGACCUACCUCAGACAAAUCAGCGUCUAGAGUUUCUCAGCCAUCGCAGAUUGGAGGAGUUCGAUUGAAGAUUCCGCGAAAACUUGUAUAAUCUUUAAUAUUUUGGUUGUUGGUUUAUAGCAGAGUAAAUUUGGAUUUGGGGCUUGCUUCUGAAUCGCUUGGCUUAUUUUGGGGAAAAAUGAACGACGCGAUCGCUCAAGUUCACCCACCGACGUGUGGAGAGCGGCCUGCUGCGGAGGCGGUGGACGCCCUUUCCCCAGCGGUUCCUCCUGCUCCUCCUCCUCCUCUGUCUCAUCGGCGACCCAGAGUAAGGGAGGUCAGUUCGAGAUUUAUGUCUUCGGUUGUUUCUUCUUCUUCUUCUUCUUCGUCUUCUUCUUCUUCUUCCCCUAGCCUUGGUGAUCAUCAUCAUGCACCGAAAUCACCCCUUUCCAAGUACGUAGUAUCAACUCCAAACCCUCUGGAAGUCCAGUCCAGGCAGCAGCAGCAGCAACAACAUCAACAACACCGCUCCAAGUCUGUGCAGAGGCGACACCAGGACCUGGAACCCUUGUGCCGUGCCGAUGAGAACAUACCUGACACAAUUCGUAGCUUGGAAACUCCACUGGGAUUGGGAUUGCAUACUAGUACUAGUGGUAAAACGGUGAUGAUGUCUGUACAGAGGAAGCAGCGCGCUGCUGUCAAACUGAACAAGGAGAACGGAGGCAGGGCAGGGCAGAAACAGCUAUCAGAAGUCUCCCAAUCCCAAUCAAGAACCCUCAUCAGUGGCAAAUUCUCAGCAAGGGGUGGAAUUGUUACCCCUUCAAGACCUGAUACACCAACUGUAACUGCUGCCACCACCGAUAGAAUGAUUUCAUCAAGGUUCAGGCUCGGGACCCAAAACCUUGCGCGGCCAAGUCCAACCAACAACGCGGUGCCAGUUACAGCAGCCACAAAGCUUUUGCAAUCAAGCGGGAUGUCAAUGUCUGCUCAACCUCCCAAUCCAGAUACUAACAUAAUAAAUGGGGAUACAUCCAAAGAAUCCGCUUCCUUUCCUUUAAACCACCACCACCACCCUUAUACAGUGGGUGGCAAUGACAGUGAUGAGAAAGAUGUUACCCGAGCCCUCGCUAAAAUUCCAACAUCGACUGGUUCAGAUUCAAUUACUACCACUGUUACGUGCACUACUAGUCCUCCAAUAUCAGUCCAAAACAGCAAGGCCCCUCGGUCUAGAAGAUCAACUUCUUCCUUGCCAGAGGUGGAUGCCUUGUCCACCUUAUCCACCACCAGACUGCCGGCAGAAAGAAGUUGCACAGUAGGUGAUGUCAUUGGCUUCGAUUCAUCAAAGUUCUCUCCUUCCCCUUGCUCCCGUUCUCUAAAUUUUCCACUGUCAAGUUGCGAACAAUCCUCCCUCUUGCAUUUGCAUACCCUCAAAGCGGCCAGCGAAAAACCACCAUCGGCUCUCUCCAAACCCUUUGCAAACAACUCUGCAAAGGUUGGUGGAAGCCUUUGUCUGCCUCCACUUCCAUGCUCAAAACUAGGAGCAGCAGAUUCAAGGAGGGGAAGGAAGGUUUUAAGUCAUCAAGAAGAAGUGCAUACUCUGAAAUUGCUUCAUAACCAUCAUCUGCAGUGGAGAUUUGCAAAUGCAAAGGCAGAGGCCUCCAUUCAUGCCCAGAGAUGGGAAACUGAGAGAAAACUUUAUUCUCUUGGAGUUGACAUAUCAAGUCUGCACGAUACUGUGAAAAGGAAUCGCAUUGAACUUGGAUUGUUGAAACAAGCAAAAACUCUAUCCACAAUUAUUGAAGCCCAUAUGCCACAUCUUGAUGAGUGGUCUACUUUGGAGGGGGAGUAUUCAUCUUCUUUGUCAGAAGCAAUUCAUGCUUUGCUCAAUGCCUCAUUACAACUUCCAGUUAGUGGGAAUGUUCAGGCUGAUAUAAGAGAAGUACGGGAGGCUCUGAAUUCAGCAAUCAAAAUGACAGAAACAAUAGGUCUCCACGUCCAAAGCUUCAUGCCAAAGGCUGAAGAAAUGGAUGCUUUGAUUUCAGAACUAGCCAGGGUGAUUGGUGGAGAAAGAGCUUUCGUUGAAGAGUGUGGACUUCUGCUGUUUAAGACCUACACAUCACAGGUGGAAGAAUUGAGCUUGAGGGGCCAUCUAAUUCAGUUACAACAGGGAAACCAUCAUCAACUACAGGAAGAGUGAGAAUUUUUGUCACAGCAAGUUAUGUGCUCUCUCACCUUAAAACUGAAAUUUGGCAAUUGUAAUGUCAUUCACUUGAGGCUAUGAGCUUAAAUAAUAAUUUUGAGGAAUUUAUUUCCAAGGUGUGAAAAGGUUUUCUUAUGCAAUUAAAAAAAAGUAGGUAAUCAGUUUUCCAUGUUCACCUAUCUUAUUUUGAUUUUUGUAAUGCUUGGAAUAAAAGUCCAAACACCUCUUGUUUCUGAUCUAUGUAAUUCUUGGAAUAAAAGUUCACAAGUACGUUAUUCUCAA